GGAAAAUUGUUAUCUAAGGCGUGAACCAACACUCGUUAAAUCGUAAAUAGUCAAUUGUCACCAUUUAAUGGUAAUUUUUUUAUUAUUUUAAAUACAUUUUAGUUUUUUGUAGCUGUAUAACUUAGCAUAAACUUACAUACUUUGGGUAUGUUUUUAUUUUUUUACGUUAUUUUUAUUGAAUAUUCUAAGCUAUAACUAUUUAUAUUCAACAGCUUACCCUAUUAGUUAUCUAAGUAUUUUAAACCACUCAUUGCCAUGAGUUCUGACAAAAUUGACUAUCCAAAAGCAUCGAAACUAAUUAGUGAUGCUGGUGUUAUCAUUUACAUUGGAGGAUUUCUCUUAAUCAUUGCGUUUAUAAGCCCUUAUUGGUUGGAAUCAUAUGAUGAAGCAUUCAUAAAUUUUAAGCACAUGGGUUUAUGGACAUACUGUUUUGACCACUUCCGAUAUCCUCACUAUCAAUUUGAUAAACUCUUUGAUGGCUGCAAUACAGUAUUCAGUGAAGAAUAUUACGUUAUUCGAGAAUGGCUAUUACCAGGAUGGCUAUUAUUUUUGGAACUUUGCAUGACUUUAGCAGUAUUGUUAUCACUUGGGACAUUAGCAAUAAUUGCUGCUGUUGUAACGAGAUAUCCACAACGUCUUGUACUUAAAUAUGAGUACAUGCUAUCGGCUGCAUGUUUCUUAGCGGCUGCAACUACUACUGUAUUGAUACUGUUUACUGUAUGCCUGUUCCCAUUCAACUGUUGGAGACGUGAUUGGCUCAUGUAUCCUAUGUUUAACCAUCUAUCGUGGUCAUUUUAUAUUGCUAUUGUAUCAGGUUUUGUGCAUGCUUAUGGAGCCUGGUAUUUAUUUCAGGACGCACAAAUUGCUUAUGAACAAAGAAGAGAGAGCAAAAAUUUAGUCAUGCAAAUGUAUCCUCCUCAUGAACGUAACUUCUAUGAUCAAUAACACUGAUAAACAUUUACUUUCAUAAGAUAUUUUAAAUUAAAGACAAAUCCGUCCAUUAGAAACAUAACGAUCUGUCCAUUAAUAUUAACUGUUUAAUUUUGUAUUUAAUAAUUUAUUUAAUGAUCUAUAUUUGUCUAUUAUUUUAGCAAUUCAUCUCAUCUAAAAAAGUAUUAUAAUGCAUAAUUAAUUGUUUUGUGUAUUAUUCUUUUUUAUUUUAUUAAGAGAAUGUCAUAUCCAGAUAUAUUGCUUCAUAAUGUUAAAAUCACAUUUUAUCUUCAGAAGAAUCCACUUAAUCUGUUAUUUUUCAUAUAGUGAAUUUAACAACUUAAAGUUAAGAAUAUUAUCCAGGGCUUGUAACUGUGAAAUUUGUUAUAUAGCAUUAUAUACUGGCCCCAGAAAUUUGUACGCUACCGUUCAGGUUGAACCUUAUUGGCCUAAUGUCAUUGGUUGAUUACAUACUAUGUCGAGAUUGAAGAGAGGAAACUGGUUUGCCACCAAGGUGAAGAAGAAAAUUUUAUUCUGAGGAGACUAUAAUAAGAUGGAGACAACACAAGCAGAUGCAUAGAAUACUAGCAUUCUAUGGCAAGUUCCAACUUCCACUUAAAAUAAUUAAUUUUAAAUUAGAUUUAAUUAUUAUGUAAGUAAAAAAAAAUACACUUCCUAAAUGAUAAACUAUAUUAAUUUUAUAUAAUAUUAUUUAAACUUUUACUGUUUGGUACAUUGUAUUUAUGUUGAAUACUAACUAGAACUUAAGUAUAUGAAAUUGUUGCAGGUAAUUUUCUUAUAUACGUUGCACCGACCGUCACUAUUUUUAAACCGUUAUAGACUGUUAUACAAUAAUUAUGAUAUUUUAAUAUUUAUGUAAACAAUAAGAAUUAAUUAACAACAUAUCAAGUUCAUUUUAUUUUAUACUAUUUAUUGUUAAGCUUACAGUAUCAACAUGUUGCAUGUAAUAGAUACUUAAUAUAAUCUAUUUAUUUAUAACAAUACAUUAUUUUUAUGUUCAAGUUAUAAUUUUAAUAAAAUCAACUUAUUUUCAA